AUGCCGGGUUACUGGUUGCCAUGUGCAACACUUGCUACCUUGAAGUUGCAGAUGAAUAACACCUGGAACACCUCUGUUGAUGGAUUUAUAGACUUCUUGGAGUUCAUAGCUGCAAUAAACUUGGUUAUACGAGGGAAGAUUGACCAAAAAUUGAAAUGGUAUUUUAAGCUAUACGAUGCUGAUGGAAACGGAUGUAUUGACAAAAAAGAAUUAUUAAGCAUAUUCACGGCUAUCCAGGCUAUUAAUGGCCACACCAACAUGUCUGCUGAAGAGUUCACAAACAUGAUAUUUGAGAAGAUAGAUGUGAACAAUGACGGGGAAUUGACUUUAGAAGAAUUUAUCAAUGGUGUGGAAAGAGACGAGGACCUACUGGAACUGAUUACGAAAAGUUUUGACCUUUCCAACGUACUCAAAGUCAUACAGAGUGGCAGGAGACACAGCAUCUGA